AGCUUCCCAAUUCGGUGGGUGCCAAGUCGCACGUGCGCGCGCGCAAACGCCACUUCUUCAUUCUCGCGCGAACCGAACGGCCGCUCCUCCCCCAGCAGGCCAGCAGCCUGGGGUUCUCCUCUCGCUCCAAUUCGGGACGGGAGCAUCCCAGCCAAGAUCUCACCUCGCCCGAUGGCGACCAGCGACGACCUCGCCCAGAUCGACAUCUCCAACGAGGAGAAGGACAAGCUGGUGGCGGAGGUGAUGCGGUAUGUGCUCUUCAAGACGCACCAGACCUCCGGCUGUCCCAUCAAGCGGGAGGAGCUCACCGGGAUCGUCACCAAGAACUACCGCCAGCGCGCGCUCCCGGCGCUCGUCAUCAAAGAUGCCAGGGACAGGCUCGCCGCCACCUUCGGGUACGAGAUGAGGGAGCUCCAGAGGAUCCGUGCCCCGUCCACGCGCUCCGGACGCUCGUCACAGACGCAGCUUAAUGUGGAUGCAAAGAGCUAUGUUCUGGUCAGUAAACUAGACCCUGAAGUGUACAGCAAGUACGUCGAGGAUAAGGAGGCUGCCCAUCUGUCUGGCUUUGCUUUUGUUGUCAUUAGCAUUGUUCAUCUUGCUGGUGGCAAAAUUUCUGAAGAGGACCUUUGGCAUCAGUUGAAGCGGCUGGGUCUAAACCAGAAUGAUGAGAACCACCCUGUUCUUGGUAACAAUAAGAAGACGCUCGAACUCCUCGUCCAGCAAAGGUACUUGCUAAAGGAGAAGCUUGCUGGACCAGAAGGUCAUGCCAUGAUGUAUGAGCUUGCGGAGAGGGCAUUGGAUGAAUCCAUCAGUGGGAAGCUUAAAGAUUACAUUUCACAGGUUGGGAGCACAAGCACCGCCACAGAAGUAGAUUGAAGUGGAUAUGAUAUGACAACCAGUAGGGCGUAUUUUGUACAGGAGAGGAGAUGUUGCGCUUCUCGAAUUGGUGCUAGUGUCUUUUAACUGAACUAUGUCGAUGUCAUGCUGUAAUCAUCUUAGCAUGCUUGAGAUUACCUUUUGCAGUAACUUAAUGUCACAAAACAGUUAAUGUAUGAUUCUGCUGCAAACUUAAAACAAAAACCGCAUUAUCACUGGUUGGAUGCGCGUUCUCUGUCCA